AUGUUUGCAGAUUGGUCUAAUAUCAAAUGCGUUUGUUUGGACGUAGACUCAACAGUUUGUGAAGAUGAAGGACUGGAUGAAAUUGCCAGUUUUCUUGGAGUUACUGAUAAAGUUAAAAAAAUCACUGAGGAGGCUAUGAAUGGAGAAUUGGACAUUACUAAGGCAUUAGAAGCCCGCUUAUCAAUAAUGAAUUUAAAUCUAAAGAAGCUUACUGACUUUUUAGACAACCAUCCAGUUAGACUAACACCGGGUGUUGAAAAUCUUGUUAAUCAGUUCAAAGAAAAUGGGGUUGAUGUUUACUUGGUAAGCGGUGGAUUAUAUCCGUUAGUUAAUCGUGUAGCCAAACUGCUCAAUAUUCCUGAAGAAAAUGUUUACGCGAACAAGCUGAUUUUCAAUAACGAAGAUUGGUCUAAUAUCAAAUGCGUUUGUUUGGACGUAGACUCAACAGUUUGUGAAGAUGAAGGACUGGAUGAAAUUGCCAGUUUUCUUGGAGUUACUGAUAAAGUUAAAAAAAUCACUGAGGAGGCUAUGAAUGGAGAAUUGGACAUUACUAAGGCAUUAGAAGCCCGCUUAUCAAUAAUGAAUUUAAAUCUAAAGAAGCUUACUGACUUUUUAGACAACCAUCCAGUUAGACUAACACCGGGUGUUGAAAAUCUUGUUAAUCAGUUCAAAGAAAAUGGGGUUGAUGUUUACUUGGUAAGCGGUGGAUUAUAUCCGUUAGUUAAUCGUGUAGCCAAACUGCUCAAUAUUCCUGAAGAAAAUGUUUACGCGAACAAGCUGAUUUUCAAUAACGAAGGCACAUUCGUUGGAUUGGAUCAUAGUGCACCAACUAGUCGUUCCGAUGGUAAAGCCUUAAUCGUUAAUGAAUUACUGAAUAAAUUGCAUACUCCAGUUAUGAUGAUAGGUGAUGGAAUGACAGAUGCAAAUGCUUGUCCACCCGCUUCUGUAUUUAUCGGUUUCGGUGUCAAUGUUAUUCGUCCUAAAGUUAAAACUAUAUCCGAUUAUUUCUGUACAUCUGUGGAAGAAUUAAUUAAUUUGUUGAAAAACCAUAAAAUGUUACUAUGA